AUGGCAACAGAGGCUGCCGGUGAUAACGCUGCCGAUGCCACUGCCUCUCAGAACCAGCCUGCGUCCGACGCUCACAAUGUCGACUCCGUCCGCUCGAAUUUGAAUGGCAGUGCCGGCAACGAAGACAUCGAGAACAAGCACAUCACCAGUGUUGAAGACCAACUUACUUCAGCCGAUGUCAGUACCAGCGGAGGCUCAGAUACAGAGGUAUCGCGUGCAGACGGUUCAAAGAGCAAGGAUGGAGACAAAGGGCAUGGCCGCGCAGGCUCCACAGUCAAGAAACCCGCCACAUUCAAGUCUGUCUCUGUCAAUAAGACCUUUCUCGCAGCGAAGGCGACCGCCAAUAGCGCUACAGCCAAAGCCACCGAGAAACAACCUACUGGCUCGAGCACUCCCCCGACAACCUCGGCGACCUUGUCUGCAUCGAGACCUCGACUUAUAGCGAAGACGGGCAGCAGUACUCGCGAUUCAUCACCUCGUUUUUCUGGUGGCGUGAAUGGUGGGAAGCCAGGCAGUGCACCUGAUGCAAGCGCGGUUUGGAACAAAAACCGACCUGUACCUCCUCCUGAGCCGAAGAAGUAUUCUGAUGAGGAGCUUAAGAAGUAUGGAAUUCACAUGGCUAGUCGUUUGGAUGAAAAUUCGAAAGAAGGGAAAGGUACAUGGGCAGAUAUAGAAGAUGAUGACGAUGACUGGGCCCCUGAAGCUAUCACAUGGGGGGAUGGAACGAAGACGACCCUCCCCCAUCCAGAUGAGCAGCCUCUGUCGCCGUCACCACCAGCGGCCGAGAGUGGUCCCACUGUAUCUAAGGGAAGUACCCUGGAUAAGCCACGAUCUCCAGCUCCACCUAUGCCCAUGAGCUCUCCAUCAACGAAGUCGAGUAAUCUAGCCCAGGGUAAAGGCUUGGUUUUGAAGAGUGGCUCACAGGAAAAACCAACCCUUGUCGCUAAACCCCCGGCGCCCCCAGCGCCCGUCAAAUCGCCAUGGGCGGCUUUACCUCCCGUCGAAAGAGCCUCACCCAUGACGGAACAUGCCACUCUUGCUAGGCCACCAUUCAAUAAGGGCAUGACUCCGCCUCCGCAUCCGCCUAAAGAAAUCGCUGCCGAUGAUUUCAAUCGAUCCGCAUGGAGGGAUGGCUCGUCCCAUGGGAAUCGAGAACUAUACAACUCCCAUUCUGGCCGUUAUGAACCUGUGAUGGAUAACCGGCGUGGCUCCAUGAGGAUGGAGCAGCACCCUAACAAACAUCAUCCAUCGUUGUUACAACGGCCACCCCAGCCAGACCAUCCAGCCGAGCCUUCUGGUGCGUUCCAGACGAGCAGGAAUUCUCAGGAACCUCCUUUCGGCAGACGACGAGGAUCAUCCAACGUCAGUGGCGGAAGCGGCUCGUUUAUGCAACGUAUGAACAAAGGAGGCGAUGGUUCUCUACCUCCCCCUGAAAUAAUGCUCGAGGCUCGUAGGACUUCGUUCGUGGGCUCUGUUGAUAGUCCUUUGUCACCCAACCUGUUAAACUCAGCUCACGCACAUGGCCCGCCACGAGGCCAGCACCAGGCCAACUGGAUGCCCCCUCGUGCAUCUCCUAAUCCUUCCUUUGCACAACCACAUCAUACUGGGCCUCUCCCAGAGCAAGUUGCUGGACCGCCUCCGCCCCUUCAACCUGCUGGUGAUGAGGUUGAGUAUCAAAAGAAGCUUAUGCGAGAACGGGUCGAGUUGGCCAGGAAGCGACGUCAGGAGGAGGAAGCUCGAGAAGAAGCUGAGCGUAGAGAACGCAUCCAAAAGAAACUUGACGCUAUGGGGCCUGCGCCGGAGAAGAAGACAGAAAAGAAGGACUCCACGGAGAAGCAUGAAGAUGCUUCGCAUCCCACACAUAUUCAACAGCGAGAUCAUAGCGCUGUAGCUAGCCAGUCUCCCACACAACCGCAGCAGGACGGUGAACCUGAUGCAUCUGCUCCAGGAGCUCGGCACCAAGAACCAGAAGCUAGAGCAGGACAUCCCCCUCAAGGCUCAGUACCAGGUGCCAGACGCGUUUCCCACAGCCAAGACGGUAAGCCCACUGAGCUUUGGGGAGCAGCUGCAGCUUCACGCCAGGACCGAGCUGUCUCGACGUGGGGUACAGGAUCACAACCUGUGGCCCGCAAUGUUUGGGGAUCUCCUAACAAUGACCGAGGCCUUGGUAAUGGCACUUUUAUUACGGAUAUCGGGCGCUUGCCCCUUGACAACAGCUCGGGUCCACAAGGAAGCAAGGGACCAUCACCCAUCGGCCCCCCAAAUAUUUCACAUCAACCUUCGCAAGGCCGAACUCAGCCUCCAGCGCCUAUUGGUUCUGGACCCUCGCGGUACGGCUCAUCCGGCCCUCCCCCUGCGGCAGGAUCCGCGGUGGCGAGUAAAUGGAUCAGUGCUGUUGGUGAAAACGAUAAGAAAUUGAGUGCUAGUAGACUGGCAGAGAGGGCUGAACGUGAUCGCCAACUUGCCCAACAAGGUAUGAGCCUCGAGGAUGCCCAGCCAGUUAUCAAGGACACCUGGCGACCAGUCCAUGCUCCUGGUGAUGGCACGAGGCGAUCUAUUAGUUCCCAAGAAGCACAGCCUGCUGGUCCCUGGAGGGGCCCUGGUGAUGAUGAAAAUGAGGAUUCCGCUCGUGUUGGGGUGGUAGGAGAUGGGAUUUCACCCCAGGCUGGCAAAGGGGCCAGUGGACAAGGACGCACAUCAAGGUUCUUCCCCACAAGAGACUCUUAUGACAGAAUUGAUGAAGAUGAGCCACCGCGAUCCAAAUCACCAACCCCCCCUCCGCCUACGAUGGAAGGCCACCCGGCCUAUGAGGGCGAUGUGAUGCGUCCUCACGUGUCACUCCCCAAACCGCACCCGGUUGUGAAGCUGCCUCCAUCUAUGGCAGCCGCGCAACCUCCUCCAGGCCGUGUGCAGUUUGGUUGGGCUCACCCGCCAGUCUUUAGAGAUGUUCCUCGCGGUCCUGUCAGCCCCAAUCGCGUCUCCUCGGCAGCUGGGGAAACGUCGCAAGAGAAGUGGCAGAACCGAAUUAACAGCCUGCUUGGUAGCUCAAGAUCGCCACCUCAAAGGUCCAUCGGUGUUGAUCCGUCGAGUAAGAGCGCUUUGGAUCAGGUUAACUACCAUGACUCUGCAACAGUCUCUCUACCAGGAAAUAGCACCCCAGCACACCCAGCACCCGUUGGCAAGGGUCGAGCGUCGCCUGUCACUAAGCCUAUGGCUGAGGAGUGUUUUGAAGAACAGGAAAUGGGAUCACUUCCCCAGAUUCGAUUUCCACACAAGGCCCCCGAGGCCGCUUGGCAGCCGGCAUUGGCACAAAACAAGCCUCUGCCAAAGAAGUUUGCUAUUCAGCCAACUGUCAUGGAGCCAUACUACUUCGCUGCCGAUGUAGUGGGCGGUGGCAACGCUAUGAGGAUUAACUUCCCCGGCAUGGUCGAGCCCAGAAUUGUCACUAUUCCCUUCUCGGCCACUCGAGGCGGUCGAGGUUCACAAGGGCGAGCUGGCCCUAGACAUCGAGGCUCUAGUUAUGAGAGAAGAGGAAGCAAGCGAGAUGUGUCAAGUACCCGAGGAGAGCACCCUACUACUACUACAACUUCAAGCCGAGGGAGUCGUGGUAGCUACCGUGGUCGAGGGUCUGAUUGGAGCCGCGGCUCAGGUAACCCCUUGGCAGCUUAG